AUGACGGACACGACGGACGACGCACGGGAGGUGCAAGAGAAGAAGUGGUGGGCCGAAUACGACGACGUGAUGCUGUUGACUCAGGAGGAGACGAGCAAGGACCGCCUUCUGGACGACUUGGUUGCACUGUUCGAUGAUGCCAUGGCCAAGAAGACAAAUCGCGAGAUUAAUGAUGCAACUGACAAGGCCGAGUGCGUCAAGUGUAUUCGAGAACAAGCAAUGCAGCGUGGCAGGCGUCAAUCAACUUCGGACUCGUCCGACACCGUUGAAAAUGCUAUCAGUAGCAAGCGCAAACUGAUUGUGGAAGCCCAGGAAAAUGAAAUUGUGUUGGAGCGCAAGAAAUUGGAGUUAAAAAAAUGA